AUAGUGUAUUAGAAGAGUACUACAAGAUGAACAAAAGGUUUGGGGGGAAGAUACCGACCGGAACUCCGUCACUAGCGUUGUCAACUAUCGUCGUUGUAGCCUCACUUCUCGGUGGAGCCUCCAUCGUCCACAAUUUAUACAAACCAGAUCUUAGAUUACCUCAGAUGGAAAAUGAUGAACCAGACAAGAAGAAAGAAUCUGGAAACAAAGAUUAAAAAUCUUUUCUGAUUAGUUACAUUUCUUAAUCUCCUCUGGCUUCGAAUGUUGUGAACUUAAGACUCUCUGUAUGUGAUUUGCAACUUUCAUUUACGUGGCGAUUCCCAACACACUAA